AUGUUUGACGAUGACCUGGAUGUUGGGAAAUAUGCACAGAUCAAAUGUUUGUUGUUUGAAGAGCAGCUGUACAAUGGUGUGGCUUAUAUCAGUUCCGGCCCCAGCAUUGAAUCAGCCUCUUGCAUUCUCUUACAUCUGUCCUCUUCUGCACUCUUCCCCCGUUCUUCUGGACCCCCUUCGGAACAACCCUUCAACUCUGUCUCUUCCCCUCCCUCGGACUCCCCUGAACACUCUGCAACCCUCCGGAACACCCGUCGACUCUUCAACAGUUACCCUCUAAGACGCUUUGAACUCCCCGCGAGCAACCCACGCUCUGGUAGCACCGACAGAAAGCCCAACUCAUGGACGCCACGAGGACACGACAUAUACUCAGUCUUGCUCAGCUACACAAAGGAGCUUGACAGCCCCUGGUUCCCAUCCACUUUCACUGUGCAGAAGAGAGCAGCUCGGAAAUUGAGUUUAACAUCUCCCUUGAUGUUCCAGAGAAGAAACUUGGUCAGGCCCUGUCCGACGGUCCGAGGGAGCUGUACCCGGAACCGUCAUGUCCUGCCGGAGAUAGAGGCAGGGGUGAGGAGCCUAACCCUGUACAGGACGGGACUCAACAGGUGGUGGUGGGGUGGUGGAGGUUGCCGUGUUAGCACUCUGAAACAGCAAUGUGAUAGAUUGUGAGCAGACUUAUAAAGCAACGGCUUACAUGCGAUUGGCUAGGAGUUACCCAGCUAAUGAUGUGAUGUGUCUUCCCGCUAGAACUACUCUGCGCUUCCAUUUCUAUGUAUUUUUUGCCCUCUUUUCCACCACACUAAAAAAACAUUUCUCAAUAUCACUUGUAAACACUGGCCGUCACCUUCAAAUCAAGCUGUAAUUUUGCCGGAUUAUGCAAAAAGUGUAGAAAAUUGUAUUUAAAUGUUUGUAUUUAGGAUACAUAAAAUGUUAGAUAUUAAAUCAGCCUUAGCAAAACAAAGGAGUCAGCCAUUUGUUUUUUAAACGUUAGAAAUGCCAUUUCCAUCAGCGUCAUUUCUACCACAGAAUUCUAUUAAAGUCAAUACAGAAUUUGAUAUGUGCAAUUUUCAGACUUUCAGAACACGAGACAAAAAAUAGCAUACAUUUUCUGUAAUGCAUGUACAGAUUUCACUAAUUCACAGGGUUUAAAGUGCCUGAAGUUGUAGAAACGCCCAUUUUAUAGAAUUUGAAUGAACAUGAGUCAUGUUUAUUCUGUUGGUUCAUGUUUUCAUGUCUUUUAUUUUGAAAAUCAAGUUCCUUUUCUGUGAUUUCCUGUUCCCUCGUCAUGUGUUUCCCCUGUUCAUGUGUCUUGUUUUCAUUGGUCCAUUGUUUGAUUACUUUGUUACUGUUCUAGUUUAUCAUUGGUUUAACUUAAUAGUCUUGUUAUCUUGUUUAUAGUUCUGUUUGUUCAUUGGUUGUUGUUAUCCAUGUUUGUGUAUGUAACUUUAUUGGUUUGUUAAAGUCUA